AUGGCGCAUUUGACACCAGGAAGCUUCGUCCACUAUCGCCCAUCUGGAUCAAAUCUGCCCCUCUGGCCAGUGGUUGUGUGUACCGAGGAUGUCGCGCCGAAAAGUUUCCUUAGAACACGACCAGCUGGUUACGUGACGCUUGUGUUGCGCAUCGGAGUUCCACUUGAGUUUCGCUGGGCGCUUGCAACCGAUAUGCAUGAGUACGAUCCUUUUCUUGCCUUCAAAGAAGGAAACAUGGUAGCGAAUACUCCUGGUCUUGGAGAGGCCAACGCAAUUGCCGAGUCUGCUCUCGACGAAGGCCUAGGCCUGGACCACUGGAGAACCCAGGUUAGGAAUACAGCAACUGUAACAUUAUCGGACUCAGAGGGCGCAGACGCGGGCUCUGAAGAUGAUGAUAGCAAUGAUUCAGGAUAUUGGAAGGCGAUUCGCGAAAGUCGGAAAACUGCAGGAUUACCCACCCCGUCUCCAUCACCGUUCAAGCGGUCGGAACGAGCAAGCAAAUUCAGCAACAUAUAUACCCAAGAACUUGGCCACAUCGACACGCGACGUGAACCGCCCACAAAGCUAGAUCCUCCUCCCUGGCCCAAACGCCCACAUACUCCACCAUCUCCACUUUCGGACGACGAACGUCUUCCUCUCAAAUACAGGAAGAGUACACAUACGUCGGGACGUAGCGACACACUAACCACUGCCCAGGAAGGGAAGAAAUCAUCCAAGUUUUUCCUAGGUUCGGCCUCCAACGACCUGCUCAGCUGGGACAGGCUCGGAAAGGGCUCGGCUGUUCCGACUAGCGAUGUUGUCGAAGAAGAGCUCACAGAAAGCAAAGAGUUUGUCUUAGUCUACGUUGGCCCCGAGAGAGAGGAGCGCACAUUGCAAAAGAAUCACGUAUGGAACCGACCGUACUUCAGAGACAUGAGAACCGGUAUACUACAUUUCGCAAUCAACGAAGCAGGCACAUGGGUACUCUCUCAUCCAGGCCUUGCCGAAAUCGAGCCUGAAGAUUUCUUCUUCGUCGCCGAAUACCUGGAGAGCGGAGAACUCGGACACAAGCGCCCAGAAGGAGAAAGCCAAGUGCACGAAGCGUUUGCUCAGAACAUUUCUGCAUGGGCCGCGGCGAUUAAAUUGGGCAUGACAGACCUGUUAGAUCACAUUGUCGAUAAGCUGGAACGCCUGGCACCAUGGGAUAUGUGGGACAUCAUGGCUUUCGCAUGUCAUGUCUUUGAAUCGUCGGGCCCUUCACUUCCAGCACAACAACGCAUGAAAGACUUGUUGGCAACGGACAUUGCACAUAACUUCUGGGUAUACAUCGAAGACGACCACCUCAGCGCGAGUUUUGUUCAGCGGCUCAAGGAUCUGCCGGAAUUGGAACGUGUUAUUUAUGCAAAGAGGAUUGCGGUACUUAAGGCACGACUAUAUGGCGAUCAGGUGGGAGAGGACGACGGGGACGAUGGUGACGAGGAUAUGGAUUGA